UCAGCAGGCCGCACCCGACGGUUCAUGUUUCAUGACGCAAUGGCCGGUGCGGAGGCACAGAUUCAGGAAGAAAUGCUGGCAGCGAUCACGGCAAAAGCGCUACCUGUAGCUGCUGCAGCUUGCGCUGAGGUCUGUUCUCGACAUUUGGCAGCACUUCACCACCGACUGCAGCAGCUACAAGUGCUGCAGCAGCAGGUGCAGCAACUACAGACGCAGCCAGCCGUGCAAGCCGCCCAGGAGCGACAGGCCAUGGCAGCUUCCAGGAGCAGUCGUUCUGCGUCACCUUUACGGCGAGCGUUGGAGUUCACCAACUCAGCCGUUGCAUUUCCAGUGAUGCAGGAGGUGGAUGCAUCGCCCUUCAGCCUUGGAUGCAUCACGCCAGUGACGCCCCUUCCGGAUGGCGAGGGCACGGACAAGGUCUUGAGCGUCAUGAAGAGGGUCAGGAGCGCGGUGCGCCGGUCGCGCCAAAGCCCGGAGCAGCUCUUCAAACGGUUCUGCAAGGCAGGUGUCUCUGGAGCAAGUGGACUGAUCAUGACAAGGUCUGAUUUUUUCCGCGUGCUGGGGACCUUCGAGCCAAACCUCGAGCAGGAGAUGGUGCUACGUUUGUGGCAGUAUUUGAUUGCUCAAGGCAGAGGCGAGGAUGGCUUGAACUACAUCGAGUUCCAGCGAUGGUUCGUGAACGGGGAGGGCUUCGGGACAUUGACAAGGACUGGAAGCAGCUCCACAUCAUUGAGCUUCAAUGGAUAUGACACCGGACAUGGCGGCGGUUACCUGGAUGCGGAUCGCCCAGCGACUGCUCCAUGCGUCGGGUCGCCAGUGCUAGGCGCGCGGCGUCUAUCUCAAUCGAGACCUCCGGUGUCGCCUUCAACGUCGCCCGCGUUUUUCACCAACAUGCGAUCAGGCGCCAUGACUCUACCGAUCCCCAGCCGCAGCUGCUCACAGGGAUCCUUGGAGGUGUACAUCGGCGAGAUUGCACCUUUACGCGCUGCGGACGAGAUGCCCCUUGUUGCGGCGGUUCUGCGGCUAGGCAGGGCCCUUGCGAGCGAGUCACUGACUGUCGCCGGGGCCUUUGUGUUGUACGAUGAGCACUUGGAGAAGAUGCUGAGCUUGGACAAGUUCUUGGAGGCUUGUGAGCACCACAGCAUCCCGAUCUCACGGAAUGAGGCGGAGGCCAUCUUUGCCCGCCUCGGCCGCAGCACUGGUCAGGGCAUGCGCCUCACUUUCCAGGAUCUGGACACGGAGUUGCAAAGAAUUCCGGAGCGCCUGGAGGAGCUCUCCAGGGCCAAGGAGAUGAUUGUCGCCAUGAACCAUGUGCUGGUAGAGAAGCACGGCAGCAGUUUGGAGGCGAUGCUGGAGCAGAUGGGCCAGGAAUGCGUGCAACACACCGACAUGCGCAAGGUGUUUUCCUACUCCCGGCCCCUGAGCGAUCCGCAGUGGGCAGCGCUUUUGCCCUUCUUGGACAAGCGACCUGAUGGUCAAAUUCUUUGGCGAUCGGUCCUGGCCUGGGCAGGGGUGAUCCGGCCAAGAGCCUCUCCCACUUCAAGCCCCGUAGCAGAGGCGCCGGCAGCUCCUUCUAGACCAGCUUCCACGCCUGCCAUCCAGCCACAGCAGGUGCCGCAUAGGCCGAUCGGUUCUGUCCCGGCCGCUUUUAGCGGCCCGGCCACAUCUCCAUCGCUUGCGCCGCCAAGCCAACCGGUGGAGGCGGUCCAGGCUCAGCCGGUCGCAGUGCCGCCAAGGCCAGCAUUCGCCUCUGGGCCUGCUGCUGCACCACAGGUUGCCGUGGGUGGGUGCGGCGGUGCUCCAGCCGUGCCUGCCGGACCAAGUGGCCCGCCGCCUGGGCCAACUGGUCCACCGCCAGCAGCCCUGCCUGCCGCCCUCCCUGCCGCCCUCCCUGCAGCCAGCAAGUCAACAAGUUGCCCUGCUUGUCCAACAAGGCCGCCAUCAGGACCAGCAGGGCCACCACCAGGCCCAACAGGUUCACCACCAAGACCAGCAGGGCCUCUGAGCGCCCCACCAGGCCCUGCGGCCCUGCCUGUCGCGAGCAAGUCAGUGAGCGCUCCUGCUGGCCCAGGAGGACCACCACCAGGGCCAUCAGGCACACCGCCAGGACCGGCUAGUCCGCCACCAGGCCCUGCGGCCUUACCUGUCACGAGCAAGUCGGUGACGGCUCCUGCUGGCCCAGCAGCACCGCAAGGACCGUCAGGCCCACCGCCAGGCCCGGCUGGUCCGCCAGGCCCUGCAGCCCUGCCUGUCACGAGCAAGUCAGUGAGCGCUCCUGCCGGCCCAGCAGGACCACCACCACCAGGACCAGCUGGUCCUCCACCAGGCCCUGCAGCCCUACCAGUCACAAGCAAGUCGGUGAGUGCUCCUGCUGGCCCAGCAGGACCACCACUAGGACCAUCAGGCCCACCACCAGGACCAGCUGGUCCUCCACCAGGCCCUGCAGCCCUACCAGUCACAAGCAAGUCGGUGAGUGCUCUUGCUGGCCCAACAGGUCCGCCGCCGGGACCGUCAGGUCCACCGCCGGGCCCAACUGGCCCACCGUCGGGGCCGACUGGACCACCACCGGGUCCUGCUGCUCUGCCCAAAUCCUUUAGUGCUCCAGGGCCGGCUGCUCCCCCACCAGGGCCUGGAGGUCCGCCACCAGGGCCUGCAGCCCUUCCUUCCACCAGCAAAUCAAUAAGCGCACCUGCCGGCCCAGCAGGGCCACCGCCAGGCCCUUCAGGCCCACCACCGGGCCCAUUAGGCCCGCCACCAGGUCCAACAGGUUCACCUCCCCGACCAGCAGGGCCGCUUGGGUCACCACCAGGCCCCGCAGCCUUACCGGUCACAAGCAAGUCGGUGAGCGCGCCUGCUGGCCCUGCAGGACCACCAUCAGGCCCAUCAGGCCCGCCGCCAGGCCCAGCAGGAUCGCCUCCUAGACCAGCAGGGCCAACUGGUCCACCACCCGGGCCAACUGGCCCACCGCCAGGACCGACUGGACCACCACCAGGGCCAACAGGAUCACCACCAGGACCGACUGGACCUCCUCCGGGACCGACAGGACCGCCUCCGGGUCCAAACAGACCACCAGGACCAACUGGACCACCUCCAGCUGCCCUACCCAACAAACCUUCAGCACUGCCAUCAACGCCAUCAGCUCUUCCAAGCAAGCCUUCAGCGCUUCCAACACAACCAUCAGCCCUCCCAACGCAACCAUCAGCGCUCCCAACACAACCAUCGGCACUUCCAAGACCUUCGGCACUUCCAACAUCCUCACCAGCCGCACUACCCAAAAGCUCUUUCAGCAGCUGUGCUGCACCUUCGGGCCCAGCUGGCCCACCACCGGGACCGACCGGAUCGCCAACACACGUUUCCUCAAGCUCACCAACACAUUUUUCAAGCAGCGCCCCUCCACCAGGCCCCAUGGGCCCGCCGCCUGGUCCCGCAGGCCCGCCGCCUGGUCCCUCAGGCCCACCACCUGGGCCGGCAGGCCCGCCGCCAGGGCCGUGCGGUCCGCCGCCUGGCCCUACAGGCCCACCUGCGGCAAUGCCUGGUGACCAGGACGGGAGCUCCAAGGCGGAGGCCAGAAUGGAAGCAGCUGCUCGCAAAAAGGCGGAGCUUGACGCCAAGAUGGCUGCAAGACACAAAGAGGCUGAGGAGCGCCGCGCCCGGGCCAAGGCCAAAGCCGCCGCAUUGAAGGCAGUGAGCGAGGGUGCUGAGUCUUAGCCUGAGCUGCUCAAUUGCAGCUUGUAGGCCCUUUGGGAGAGGGGGGGCCGGAGGAGAUGAUGCCGUCAUCUCCUCAAUCUUCCGGCUGUUCAGUGGGGAAGUGCGGCU